AAUUCAAAUAUCUCAACUCAUAUAUACAUACCACUUUCUUAGCUUCAUCACCCAAACCACAAGAGAGAGAGAGAGAGAAGGGCAUGGCCAUGGGAGAAGAGAAGAAGAAGAGUUCUCUCUCAUCAUAUUAUGUGCGAGGGGCAAUUUUGGGAUUAGCAUUUGUAGUGUUUCUUGGGAAUAUGAUGAUGUGGGCCAUCAUGCCAACCUUCACCUACUACCUCAAAUGGCUCCCCCAUAUUCUUGCUCAUACUCAAUCCACUUUCUUUGGCAUUCAAGGUCCAAUAAUGCUCAACUUCACAUUCCCAAUCUUGUUCAUUGCUGUUAUUGGAUGCUUUUAUAUCCAUCUCGGAAAGGGAGCAACCAAACCAAAUAUUAACCUACAAAGGAAUGAUUGGUUGAAGGCAUUGAGGAAGCCAAACAUUAUAAAGCCACUUGGGAUAGUGACGUGGACUGAGCUUUUCUUCGCAGCCAUGUUUGUGGUUUUGUGUGUUUGGUACUUCGCAGCCUACGUUCAUUACCACUACACUUCCAUCUCCGUCUAUGCUGCCGCCAAAGCCGUCCCAAUGUGGCAAGCAAAGAUAGACAGAGUGGCACUAGUGGCAGGUUUGACCGGAAACAUUUGCUUAACGUUUCUGUUUUAUCCGGUGACCCGAAGGUCGUCCAUCCUCCCAAUGUUGGGCCUGACUUCUGAAGGCAGCAUCAAGUAUCAUAUCUGGUUGGGCCAUGCGGCCAUGAUCCUCUUUACGGCCCAUGGCGUUCUCUAUAUUCUCUUUUGGGCCGUCUCUCACCGUUUACAUGAGAUGGUGAAAUGGGACCCACACUACAUUUCAAAUGUGGCGGGAGAGAUAUCACUGGUGAUGGGAUUAAUAAUGUGGGCAACAACAUAUACCCCAAUAAGGCGAAAGAUGUUUGAGCUCUUCUUCUACACCCACUACCUCUACAUUGGGUUCAUCCUUUUCUUCACCCUCCACACCGGCUUCUUCUACGCCUGCAUCAUGCUCCCUGGUUUUUACCUCUUCCUCGUCGACCGGUACCUCAGGUUUUUACAGUCCAGGCAAAACGUUUGCCUCCUCUCCGCCCGUCUCCUUCCAUGCCAAACUUUUGAGCUCAACUUCUCCAAGACCCCCGGUUUGAAAUAUAAUCCCACAAGCAUCAUGUUCAUAAAUGUGCCCACCAUGUCAAAGUUGCAAUGGCAUCCUUUUACCAUCACAUCCAAUUGUAAUAUGGAAGAGGACACAAUGAGUGCCAUUGUCAAAUGUGAAGGAAGUUGGACCAAGAAGCUUUUUGAUCUUAUGUCUUCUCCUUCACCACUUGACUCCCUUCAAGUCUCAGUUGAAGGACCAUAUGGACCUGCACAAACUGAUUUUCUAAGGCAUGAUGUGUUAGUGAUGAUAAGUGGAGGAAGUGGGAUAACCCCUUUCAUAUCCAUCAUCAAAGAAGUCAUUAUAUCCUCAUCCCAAAACCAAAAAACCCCCAAACUUGUACUCAUAGCCAUCUUCAAAAGCUCAUCACAUCUCUCCACAUUGGACCUUCUCCUCCCCCUCUCAACCACAACUCCUCCAACCAUUCCCAACCAUCUUGACAUCCAAAUUGAGGCCUACAUAACUAGAGAAACCAAGCCAACAACCCCGCAAAAACCCAAACCGGUUCGGACGGUUCGGUUCAAACCUAGAGCCUCAGACACGCCAAUAUCGCCCGUCUUGGGCCCACACGGGUGGCUCUGGCUAGCGGCGAUCAUCUCGGCUUCGUUCCUCGUCUACCUUCUCCUUGUCGGAGUACUUUACCAGUACUACGUGUACCCAAUGGACCAUGGGACCAACCUGGUUUUCCCAUACCACACAAGGGCAUUGCUGAACUUGUUGUUCAUGUGCUUUGGCAUUGGUGUCUCAGCCAGUGCAGCUUUCUUGUGGAACAAGAAGAAGAUGGCUAUGGAGGCUAAUAAGAAGAUUCUAGAAACUGGAGAUUCCUCAUCUUUAGGCUCUGGCCAUGACGAUCAUCAAGAACUGGAAAGCUUCCCUGCUCAAUCUCUCAACAAGAUGAUUAACACUCAUUACUGCACAAGACCUGACCUCAAGAGAAUUAUAACGGAAAUAAAAGGGUCGAGUGUGGGAGUGCUUGCCUCCGGACCAAAGACUCUGAGGCACGAUGUUGCCGCCAUUUGUUCUUCUGGCCUUCUCAAUAACGUCACCUUUGAGUCAAAUAGUUUCAACUGGUGAUUAAUUGAUUAGUGUAUUAAAUAUUACAGUAUUAGUGUGAGUACUGUAUUUUUGUUUCUUAAUAAUUUAAAGUACACACAUAUUUCAUUCUCUAAACGUGGAGCGUUGUGUAUAUAUAUUUGUGGGUGGAAAAUAAUGACCCUACUAGAUG